AUGCAUGUCGAUCUGGUGCCACUAGCUUCGACGUCUCAGAUAGAACGCACACCUUCUAGAGGGGAUGGUAUACCUGCGGAAUUGGAGGAGGAUCUGAGGGCAUUUGGGUGCAAGCUCAUUCAUGAAGCCGGUAUAUUGCUAAAACAAAAGCAAGUUGCUGUAGCCACUGCCCAAAUCCUGUUCCAACGUUUCUGGUAUGUGACUUCCAUGAAACAGUUCGGUAUCGGUGACAUCGGAAUGGGAGCCCUAUACCUCGCAUCCAAACUUGAAGAAUGUCCGCUCCGGAUGCGCGACCUCAUCAACAUCUACGACCUUCUUCUCCAACGCACAUCCCACACCCUCUCCUCGCCCCAAAACAAAGACACAUUCAAAUACGCACCAAUGUCUUACUUUGGCAACACCUUCUAUGAUCUCAAAGAUGCACUAGUCGUAGCUGAGAUGCAGAUCCUCAAGCGACUGGGGUUCAACGUCCACGUGGUCCUGCCAUAUGGCACGCUCAUAAACUAUCUCCGCGUUUUGGGGUUGACGAGCCGGAAGGAUGCUUGUGCGAGGGCGUGGGGGUACCUUAAUGAUGCCCUGCAAACGCCCGUUUACGCGUUAUACGCAGUCCCAACGAUAGUGAGCGCAGCUAUUCUCCUUGCUUCUCGUCAUCUCGACAUAUCACUGCCUUCUUCGCCACCUCAUUGCUGGUGGGACCUCUUUGAUGCGCCUUGGGAGGACGUGUGGAGCGUUUGUGGGUAUGUUAUGCGUUUGUAUCGCGAGCGCACGCCGGAGGAGAGGAUGAGGGUGAUGAGAUUGGUGAGCAAGAAGGAUGUGAGGGGGUGGUUGGAAGAGAAUGCUGCUGUGCAAUCUUGA